AUGGGUUGGGCGGACGUGGCGGCUAGUCUUUGUGAAUGCUCCGUAGUCGAGCUGCGUGAAAAACGCAGCGAGCCGCUGCCAGAAGGCAGCGACUCUGACAGUGUGGUUGACUGCAUUGAGGAAGCAGACGCUUUGCAUUCAGAGACAGAGGGCGAGUGCUCGCAGGGCAGUGAAGGUAGUUCUCGAGUGUGGUGGGCGAAGUUACUGCGUCAGCACCUGGCUGAGCUUGGCUGGUCCUUGCCGGACGCCUUGGCAGAACCAGUUUCUUUGGUCAGCUGCUGUUCGGGGGCUUGCUCAGAAGCCGUUGUCCUCGAGGAGUUGGGCAUACCGUAUACCUGCUGGAGCACAUCCGAGCCGGUUGAGGCAUACCGGCGCUUUCACUUAGCAAACCACCAGAACAACAUUGUGCAUCAGCACAAGAACCUGGACGACCAGGUGCACGGACGGCCGUGUGCAUUGCACCCCGACAGAUCGGGGUUCAAGGAAGGGUCGGUCUGCCAGCAUGACUUGUUUAAGCUUAGCUUUGACGGUGUGGUCUCGGUUCUGAAAACAUUUUCUCCAGCAAGCGUGGUUAUGGAGACCACCGACGGCUUUAUGAAGCCAGUGGAAAAGGGCUCCGCUGACACCCCGCUGCUGCAGCUCCUCGGCUGUAUUUGGAGUGCAGUUGGGCGGCAUCCAUUUCUUUACAUGGUGGGGCGGGAGCAAUGUGUCGCCACGCAGCUCAGGUUCAUUCGCUACCUCCGGCAGCAGAGCUUCAAGCACGGCUACCACGUGGCGGUGCAGCUUCUUGACAUGAAGAUUUGGAUGAGCAUCAGGCGCUGCAGGAGUGCCCGGCAUGGCUUAUCUGCUCUGAAGCUUCCCUAG